AUGAUGCAAGAGGCCGCAGCCAUGGAUGUUGAUGACCAUCCCAUGAAGGAUGCUGCCCACACCAAUGGAGAUAGCCAAGAGGACGUCAACGCGAAGCGUUCCAAUGAAGAGGACGACACCGUCUCUGAGUCAGGCAGUUCCGAUGCCCAGAUGGAGCCUGAUGCCCAAGACUUGACGCUGCAGCAACUACGUAGGAGAGGGCUUCUGCCCACAGGAUGCUGCUACGAUGUUCGCAUGAAGAUGCACAUGAAUGCCGACUUUAGCCCAAGCGCUCACCACCCUGAGGACCCUCGCCGGAUCCACGAAAUCUUCAAGGCCUUCAAAAGAGCAGGGCUAAUUUACAACGGGCCUGAUGCUGAUCUCCCUCGAAUCCUGAAGGAGACACCAACCAGAUAUAUGUGGCGGAUCCCAGCUCGGAGCGCCACGCGAGAAGAGAUCUGCCUGGCUCACUCACCUGAUCAUCUUGCCUGGGUUGAGAAUCUUGACAAUCUCAGUACGGCUGAGUUGAGAGAUCUCACCAAACGGUACGACCAAGGCCGCGAGUCCCUCUAUGUCGGAGGCAUGUCUCAUCCCGUUGCUCGUCUCUCAACAGGAGGUGCCAUUGAGACGUGCAAGAGCGUGGUUGUUGGCAAUGUCAAAAAUGCAUUUGCGGUCAUCCGCCCACCUGGACACCAUGCCGAGUUCGAUACGCCUAUGGGCUUUUGUUUCUUCAACAACGUCCCUGUAGCUGUCAAGGUCUGCCAGCAAGACUACCCGGAGGAGUGCCGCAAGGUGCUCAUUCUAGACUGGGAUGUGCACCACGGCAACGGAGUGCAGAACAUAUUUUAUGAUGAUCCCAAUGUACUUUACAUUUCACUUCAUGUAUAUCAGAACGGCCAUUUCUAUCCUGGGAAGCCGCCUAACCCGAUGACCCCAGACGGAGGCAUUGAGCAUUGCGGCAUUGGUUCAGGGCUUGGGAGGAAUGUAAACAUUGGCUGGCAUGAUCAAGGUAUGGGGGAUGGAGAAUACAUGGCGGCCUUUCAAAAGAUCAUCAUGCCCAUCGCCCAAGAAUUCGAGCCCGAUUUGGUGGUCAUCUCUGCCGGAUUCGACGCUGCAGAUGGAGACGAGCUCGGUGGCUGUUUCGUUACCCCUCCUUGCUAUGCUCACAUGACGCAUAUGCUCAUGUCCCUUGCUAAUGGCAAGUUGGCUGUGUGCCUCGAGGGCGGGUACAAUUUGAAAGCCAUAUCAAACUCAGCUGUAGCUGUGGCCAAGACGCUCAUGGGCGAGCCUCCGCCAAAAAUUUCGAUCCCCAAAAUUAACAGGGAAGCCGCCAGAGUUCUUGCCAAAGUUCAAGCCCAUCAAGCUCCCUACUGGGAAUGCAUGCGAGCUGGCGUAGUCAACGUCCCUGAAGUGCAAAACAUGCGAGGCAGCCGCUUACACGACGUGAUCAGAAAUGCCCAGCGACAGAUACUGCAAGAGAAACAUAACAUGAUCCCGCUCUACGUGCAGAGAGAGGUUUUGUACAAGUCUUUUGAGAAUCAGGUCUUGAUCACACCUAAUAUACAAGAUUCAAAGAAGGUUUUGCUAAUCAUUCACGACCCGCCCGAGUUGUUGGCACAGCACGAUGCUAUUGACACGACGAUAGAACCUCACAACUCUUGGGUGGUCGAUGGCGUAACCCAGUACAUUGAUUGGGCAAUACAGGAGAAGUUUGGGGUGAUGGACAUCAACAUACCAGCAUACAUUACUCAAGAAGAAGACACUGAGUCAUUCACCCCUGCGUCGCAGGAACGCGAGCUCAAGCAGCAGGUGUCAGCCCUGGUCUGCUAUCUCUGGGACAAUUAUCUCCAGAUGUAUGAAUUUGAGGAAUUAAUCGUUAUGGGCGUUGGUAAUGCGUAUCUUGGCGUCAAGGUGCUUCUCAUAAACAGGGAUUGCAAAGAUAGGAUCUCUGGCGUGGUCAAUUUUGUCACGGGAAAUCUCAGGCCAGUGAAGUCCGACGUAGACGAGAGGCUGUCUCCAUGGUACAAGGAAAACUCUCGCGUCUACGUUGCUGGCAACCAUGCAUGCUGGUCAGACCCUGACCUGACACGGAAGGUCAACAAGCGCCGGUUCGGAACCGUGAUUAAAAGCGACGCCUUUGGGUUGACCAAGAUGAUGGAGAGACACUCGAAAGAGGUCCAAGAGUGGAUCUCGGAGAGAGUGCGCAGUGAGGAUGAUGGACAGACUACGGAGGAAGAAGACUAG